AGCAGCAGCCUAUGGAGCAGCAGCCUUCACAGCUGGUCUCACUGCUGGGGGAGAUGCUGGGGCAGAUCACGGCAGUACACACCCAGCAGACUGCCACUAAUAGGCGGCAUCUGGAGGCACUCCAGAACCAGGCGGGGAAGCAGAACCAGCUGCUGGAAGGACUGCUGGCCCGGUCGGGGGCACAGUCACCAUCUUCUCCACCCUCCUCCUUCUCCGGCAUCACCAUGCACCGGAUGACAGCUGCGGAUGACCCCCAAACCUUCCUCGAAAUGUUCGAGGCAACGGCGGAGGCGUGUGGCUGGCCGGCGGCGGAGUGGGCCGUGCGCCUGCUUCCACUGCUGUCAGGAGAGUCCCAGACUGCAGCGCUCGGCCUGCCAGCUUCUUCUCGGGGGGAGUUUCGAAACAUCAAAAGAGCCAUCCUGGACAGGAUGGGUUUUUCCCCUGAGGAUCACCGCCGCCGGUUCCGGUCCGCCGCCCUGGGACCCUCCGACCGUCCUUUUGUCUAUGCGCAGCAGCUGAAGGACGCUGCCACCAGGUGGCUGCAGCCGGGGGGAUCCGCCGGUGAGAGGCAGAUGCUGGAGCAGGUGGUGUUGGAACAGUUUGUGGAGGGGCUCCCGACCGGGACUGCGGAGUGGGUGCGGUGCCACCGACCGGCGGAUUUGGAGGCCGCCGUCACCCUCGCCGAGGAUCACCUGGCCGUCCACGAUGGGGACCGGGCUCCGGAGAGGCGGCCCUCUGCACCCACCCGACCCGUGCCGGCGCCUCGCAGAAGACCCCCACCCCCACUUACCCCCCGUCUGGGAACUUUUGCCCGGCCUCCCCCUCUGCCGCGCAUUAACCAGCCCUCUGCUCUCUCUCCUUCCCAGGGUCCAGCCACUACGGGUGCCGCUCUCGACCCACAGAGGGUUCCUCGGACGUCAGGGCAGGAGUGUUGGCGGUGCGGGCAGCCCGGACAUUUCCGCAGGGAGUGCCCUCUCAUGGAGGUCGGACAGACUGAUGCUUCGAACAGGGGGCUGGGGGCCGUUCUGUCCCAGCAGGUGCAGGGUGUCGACCGCCCGGUGUUAUACAUCAGCCGGAAGCUGUCGGAGAGGGAGUCUCGGUACAGCACAAUCGAGAAGGAGUGCUUGGCUAUCCGGUGGGCGGUCGAGGCUCUGCGUUACUACCUGCUGGGGCGCUCAUUCACCCUCUGUUCGGACCAUGCCCCCCUCCAGUGGCUCCACCGCAUGAAAGAUGCCAACGCCCGGAUCACCCGGUGGUAUCUGGCCUUACAGCCAUUUAAGUUCAGGGUGAUCCAUAGGCCGGGGGCGCAGAUGGCCGUGGCCGACUUUCUCUCCCGUUCCUUUGGGGAGGGGGGGGGGAGUGGGUUAGGCCGGAUGGCUCCCCGGCCUAAGUCGGGCGGUGGGGGUAUGUGGGGGUGGGCGUGGUUUGCGCUCAGCUGCAGGAGAGAGGUGUGGGGAAGGCUUGGGAGAGCGGCACCAGGGGAGUUGAUCACCUCACCUGCUGAUAAUUAACUAAGGACUCUUCCCUUAUUGGCAGUAGUGUGCUGGACCCGAGGAGAGACGCCACGAGGAGUAUCCCGUGACCAAACGCCAGAGCAUAGACUGCCAACUGUUGUGGAUUGUGAGCGACGCUCAGAAUAAAAGUGUUGUGUGGCAAACGUUGGUGUGACUAUUUGUGUGCUGAGGCAACCCCGUCUGUAGCGCGACCU